CGCAAGAAGGAUUAAUUUCCUGAAUAGCAGCAGUGAGAUUAGAUAUUUCAUUAAUUCGGUUUAUUAACGUAAAAUAUUGGUAGUUUUAUUACAAUGACGUAGAAUCUUUAUUCGCGAUGACUUGUGGAGUGAUUAAUUCAUGUUAAAUUUAUUUUAUAAGUCGAUUAUACACCGUCGUUACGAUUCGGUAAAUGUUGUGACUUAUAGAGAAAUCCAUAGAAAAAACACAAAAUGUCAUAUCCAGGACAACCCCCCAUGGGAAUUCCCGGGAUGCCCCCCAUGCCUUAUAUGGUGGGUGGCCCCCCACCUAUAAUGCCUAUAAUGCCUCAUAUGAUCCCAACGCCUGUAUCUGCGAUGCAGACUUCUGCACCAGCUGUGCGUUAUCCACGAAAUAAUAAUAAUAAUACUACUAAUCAACAACCGCCACCACCACCACCACGUCAUGAGGCUCCUCCUCGACGACGAGAGAGGGAAACUGGUCCUCCUGUGACUGUUUUCGUUGGGAAUAUUAUGGAUCGUGCUCCUGAUGUGAUGAUUCGCCACAUCCUGGGUGCCUGUGGUCAUGUCCUCUCGUGGAAAAGAGUCCAGGCGUUUGGAUUUUGCGAGUAUGCCGGACCAGACGCGGGCCUCAGGGCUGUCAGACUUCUACAUGAUAUGGAAAUUGGGAACAAGAAGCUUGUAGUCAAGGUCGAUGCUAAGACCAAAGUCGUCUUGGACCAAUUCAAAGCCGAAAGGCGGAAGAAACUUCGUGGUGGCCAGUCACCACUGCAGGACGAGUCAACGGGUGAAAAUGCUGACGGCGACGACGGAGAUGACUAUAUGGAUGAAGGAAUGAGAGUAGUGGAUUCUGAUGCUCUUACUCGAAUUAAUCAGAUUAUUCAAGAACACACUAGUGAUAUUGAAAUGGCACAAUCUGCUCCAGAACAUCAAGCAAAGGUAUCGACAAAACAGUUGAACCUGGACGACGCCGAAAUCGAAGAAAGUAAGCGCGACUUGAUCACCCGAGAGAUUGGCAAGUUCAGGGAAGUCAUGAAGAAGCAGGAGGAGGAAAAGGCCCAAGUUAAGAAGAAGAAAGAAGCCGAGGAGAAAGAAGGUAGAGAAAGGCGAGAGAGAGAUAGAAAAGAUAGAAGAGAUGAAGAUGGAAGUAGAGAUGAUAAUGACGGAGAAGCUGGCAGUCCUACUCAUAAAACUCGAGGGGAUAGUAACAGCAGAAGAGAUAAAAGGCGUUCUAGAUCUAGAUCCAAAGAACGAGAUCGAGAUCGUGAUCGCACACGCAAUGACAGAGAAGGGCAUCGAGAAAGGGAUCGUGAUCGUGACCGGGAUCGCGACAGGGAACGUGAAAGAGAGCAACGGGAACGAGAGAGAGAAAACAGAGAGCGGGAUCGGGAAAGAGAACGAGAGCGGGAGCAACGUGAGCGGGAGCGAGAGAGGGACCGGGACCGGGAACGCGAGAGGGAUGAAGCCAGGAAGACGGAAAGGGAGAUUCUGAGAGAGCGCGAAGAGGAGGAAGAGGCCAAGGAGAGAAAAAAGAAUGAAAGGCGAGCGAGAGAAAAGGACGCAGCUUAUCAGGAGCGUUUAAGAACUUGGGAAGGUCGAGAGCGUCGUAAACUAAAAGAGUAUGAGAAAGAGGCGGAAAAGAAGAGGGCGAAGAGAGAUGCCCGGGAAAGGGAAGCCAAGAGACUCAAAGAAUUCCUCGAGGACUACGAUGAUGACAGAGACGAUGCGAAAUAUUAUAAGGGCAAAGAGCUGUCACGGCGACUGGAAGAACGAGCCGUAGAAGCCGAAACUGACUCGCGAGAUCGUUGUGCUGAGAGGCAGGAACUUCAGCGUCUUCGUGAUAAAUUAUACGCGGAUGCUUCACACCCGGAUCCUGCGGCUGAGUUUGAAAGGUUAAAGGCUGAAAGAGAAGAGCAGUAUAAACCAAAGCCAGUAAUUACAAUACUGGAUGACGAGGAUGAAAAGUUACUGAAGAAGCCCGAACCCGAAAUUUUGCCCCCCAUCGAAACUGAACCGAUUGAUAGCGACAGUGACGAUGGAGUUCAUUUCGAUGAAAUUUCUCAGCCCGAACCAUCGCGGACACCGCCGAGACAGCAUCACCAUCAUCGUAGACAUCACAGACAUCAUCAAAAUCAUCACCGCGAUGAUGAUAUUGAGGAGUUAGUUGAUCUAGAUAGAGAGAGUUCGAAAGAUAAGAGAUCGUCACCUGCUCACACAGCUAUGCCUGCUACGCCUGCUCAAUCGUUGCCCCCGCCACUUGACGAAGAUUCUAGAAUGUCCCUCGUCAGUGAACCAGAAAAAACUAGUGGAAGUAACUUUGUUCCAUUUGCGAUGGCAGCUGCUGGAGCGCGUCCAAAUGAGCACCCUGUAGGAAAUAAAACACCAGCCAGUCCGACGCCAGUCGUCAAUACACAUCCUCAGCCGACAAAUCAAGCCAAGAAAAAGGGACGCAUUGACGUCAAAGACGUUUUUAAUAAUGAUGACGAUGAAGAUGGUUCUAAUAAUUCUAAGAAACGAAAACUGGUUCCUCUCGAUUAUGGCGAAGAUAAAAAGAAGAAAGAGGAAGCAAAUGCGAAAGCUGGAAAGGAGGAGAAUUCAAAAUCGCAAGAAGAGAAGAGAAAACACAUUAAAUCUCUUAUCGAUAAAAUACCGACAGACAAAAAUGCAUUGUUUGGUUAUCAACUCGACUGGGCCAUUAUCGAUAACACUUUAAUGGAAAAGAGGAUACGGCCGUGGAUCAACAAAAAGAUAAUCGAAUACAUUGGGGAACCAGAACCCACACUAGUUGAUUUUAUUUGCAGUAAAGUAAUGGCCGGAAGUUCCCCACAGGGUAUUCUCGAUGAUGUACAAAUGGUAUUGGACGAGGAGGCGGAAGUAUUCGUAGUAAAGAUGUGGAGGUUACUGAUAUACGAAGUGGAAGCAAAGAAAAUGGGAUUAGUGAAAUAAAAUAAAAAAGAAUAAAAACCGCAGUGCUAAAGCUAAACGAUUCAACUGACUACAAUUUUUACUAUACGUGAAACUCCUACAGCUAAGGCGUAAUAAGUAAAUAAUAAACACACUUUUAUUAUGUAUUAUUAAUAGAAAAAACGUUAAUUAAGUUGUAACGUGGUUGACCGAGCAAUGAGUGAACAAUAUGCAUGAUGUUUAAACUGUUUAGUGUAACAAUAAUUUGUAAUUUCAAUUUACAAAUACCCCUAUUAAUUUCCGAAUGUAUGUCGUUGAUUGCCCGGAAGGAGAGUGUGUGCCAGUAAAAAGGAGUUAGAAAUGGAGAAUCGCAAUAUCUUUUACGCCUUGUACAAAUUUUCAAAAUGCAAUAGCUCAAGAGACAUUGAUAUCGUCCAUUUUUCACAUCCAAGUUUCCUAAUUCUCUUGGCGAAACAAAUUAAUUAAAACAAGCGAAUGGUGCUUUGUAUUAACUCCUUUCUAUCUGAUUCUUUUCGUUAUAAUUUUCAGUAUUAAGUGAGUGCAAUUUUGUACCGAACUGUUCUCCGAAAUUUUGUAAACCUUACCAUUUAGAAAGGGGUUAAUAAGAAAUAUUUAAAAAGACCAUCGUGUUCUUUUUUUGCGUGCUUCGUUGGUAUUAAGCAAAAACUAAACUUGAUUAAUCGUUGAUUCUACAAUUUUAUAUUACGUCAAAGGAUUAAAGUUGAA